UAACAUAAUCUGUGGAAUCUGAACACUAUGUCCAUUUUGGAAACUAAAACUUUGAUUAACGUACUUGUGCUAUAAUAUCUAUAAAAACAUUGUUAAAAAUUAAACUGAUCACUAACGUGCUUAUAAUUGGUAGUAGCGAAUAUGUGAACAUGAACAUAAAUUCGAAACAUCAGCGAAUUCUGCAAUGAAUUUCUAUACAAUAUAAUAACUUUAUAAUAGUUUCUUUUAUCAGGGCUAAAAGUCAGACGACAAGUUACAAAGAAGCACAAACCAUUUUAUUGGCGAUGAAUGCGUUUAAUUUACAUUUCAUUCUAAAGUAUUGCUGUAUACUUCUGUUUUUAUUUGUGUAUUAUGCUACGACUACGUCAUGUAAUUUUAAUAUCAAAUUAAUUCAAACUCUCCACAAUGAAGGGUUCCACAGGAACAUAACAUAUGAUAUAGAUUAUGGUGCUUAUGAUGGUAAUAAAGACUGGUACGAGGAUUGCUCUGUGGGACUAGAGCAAGUACUGCCAGGUGGCCUUUUUGCUUCUCCUGAUGAAGUCGAAGCAUUGAGAUAUAAGGUUGUGGUUUUGUACAAAAUAACAACAACAAUAUUCAAGAGCAAAGUGGACAUAGAAAUAUCAGCAGAAGUGGCAAGUCCUAUCACUCUUCAUUUACUGGGCUCUGUAGAAAGUCACAAAACAUUUCUAUCCCUACCUGUACAUGCUCGAUAUCACAAAUCAGUAGCUGGUGGAGGCUAUGUUAGUGUGGAUAUACCUCCACCACUUCUCUACAUAAACUGUGGCCCCAAAAAGUUUGGAAAGUGUAGGGGUGAAUCACUUGUCAAUAGCUUCUGUCCCAAAAAUCUUCAAAAUAAGUGCCCCUGGAUACAAGUGCCUGUUGGAGGCGGCGCUCCGCUAAGUUGGAAAAUACCACGAGGGAAUACGCAACAUCAUGACUUAGUUUGGUUUGGGACGGUAGCAGUCGUUUGCUUUGGUUCCUUAUACAUCUUGAAAGAAAUACAUUGUCAUAAGACUAGACAAAAUAAACAAUAAUUAUAAA